UCAGGCAAGGGCGUCUCCUUUGUUUUAUCUGCGGUCUUGAGCGAAUGACCUGAACGAAAAAAAAUGAAUGAAUACAAAUCCGGAAUCCCUGAAGCUUGCUUGCUGUAUGCCAGGCAGUGCUCCUCGUUUGACAAGUUGAAUCAUUGAAUGCAUCCCAAUCUGAAGAGUGAAGAGUUUGGACUGGAAGUGGUACGCACUACGCCCGGUGCCCGGGAAAGUGUUAUGUGGUGUGUGUGAUACUUUUUGUGUUGUGUUUUGUUUAUGAAUCAAGAUUUCUUUAUUUUAACCUGUCCAUCUCACAACAACAAACGAACGAAACGUCAAUUAUUAUACGCAGAAGUAAGCUUGAAAUAUUAUUAAGGUCAUACAUAGUUCCUGUUACGCCGUCCCCCGCGGCUACCAAUUAAACAAAUGUACAGAAUGAUUUUAUGAGAGCGCCGCGACUUUUGUCGCACUUUGUCACCGCACGUCGACAUGGAGUACUGGCGGUAUGUCGCGUGCACGGUCCUGCUCCUGUGUCCGCUCGCCCUCAGUCGGCACGAUGAUGACUUUGCCUUCGACAACAACGAGGAGUUCCAGGUGGAACUAACAGCGAAUCACUCAGAAAUAGCUAAGAAUGGCCUAAGAAGAUUAUGGGGUGUUCCUGAUACUUCGGCCUACGUAGGACACCUGUUCAGAAUGGAAAUCCCCAAAGAAGCUUUUUCUGGGGAGGUGUUAGCAUAUAAGGUACGAAGUCAAGACGGUCACCGCUUGCCGAGUUGGCUGGCUGUGGACACGAAGCACGGGCUGGUCAGCGGCGUGCCCCAGAAGCAGGAUAUAGGCGCGCACGCGUUCACGGUCAUCGCGCACGGACGCACGCGCGGCCUCACCGCCACCGACUCCUUUACUGUCGAAGUAAAGCGAGCGGAUGAAAAACCGCAGUCCAAGUAUGGUACUUGCUUUCGCAACGAGAACAGGCUAGAGUUGGUGAUCCUAAUAGAUGGGGCAUUCCAUAGGAUUUCGCACAGGCAGCGGAUCCGAGCGCUCAUGGAGCUUGCAAGCUUCAUGGCACUUGAUGGGGAUGAGUUUUGGAUGGAACCAUACAAAACUGAAACUGCUCAAUCACAUGUAGUACUUAUGAGUGGACCGGGAUCUACAAAACGGAGAAGGAGUGAAGCUACCACUGCCAUUUAUUUGAACGUGGGUUGCGGAGAAAAGUUAUGGUCGCGUCACAAAGUGCUGGUCGCCGGAUUGAGGGAACAGUCUCGAGAUGGAACUCUUCAGCAGCUGCUCAACUUGCCCGUGCUGGGCUGGCGGCUCAUCGGCGUCAAACCCUUGCCACGGCUUAAGAGACAGUCACCUAUAGAUGAAGGCUCGGGCGCGUACGACACGUACGACGGCGAGUACGACGCGGACUACAGCGGCGACGACGAAGACGACGACGACGACUAUAACACGCAGAUCGAUGGCGACCCCGUGCCUGUCAAUGUGGAAGAGCCCCCCAACCCCCCGCACCCACACCGCCACCACCACGGCCAGCCCGACUUCGCGCCACACACCACCACCGACACGUUUCAGACCGAGCCCACCGACUCGCCGCCGACGACCCAAACACCCACCGUCCCCGACACCCCCCCGACACAACCCCCCAGCCCCCCCGACCCGAGCCCCUCCAACUCCGCUCCCCCUACGACAGCCGCGACGCUUUCCACAGAGGAACCGGGCGUCGAGACCACUCCCGACUCCGCCACUAAUACGUAUACCACUGAGGAACACAAAGUGAAGAUCACAGCAUACUCAGAGUCUGCGUCUGAAGCGACCAACGUGAACAUCCUCAAAGAGCCAAUAGCAGUUGAUCCUAGAAGGCUCGAAGAACACUCCCCGAUAAUUAUAGUCCCUGAAGAAAUUACUACAAUUGAACCUGAACCGCAUACCAUAGUAAUCAAAGAGUCCAACGAACUAACGCCGAUGUCGUCCGAAACUCCGACGUCGCCGGCGCCGACCGAAGAAACCGUUACCGUGCCAAUGUCCACGUCCACGUCUACCACGACCACGCCCGCGCCCACGACAACGGAGACCACGUCCACGACGACCACGACGUCCACGACGACGACGACGCCGACGCCGCCCACGACAAUUGUCACGACACCGACAACCAUCCCAACCACUACGCAAACACCUGAGGUUACUACGCAAGAGGUAACCAAGCAGGAGACUAUGCCAUCGACGGAGCGAUCGAGCACGAUAUUCGGACGUACGACCGAGACCGUGCCGUUCCCGAUUCCAGUCAACCAGCCGCCAACGCUCAAACACCAUAUGAGGAAACUUGCCAUCACAGCAGGCAAUGCUUUCAGAUACAUUAUCCCGGCUGAUCUGUUCACGGACCCUGAGGAGGGCAGUAAUCUCACGUUCACGAUGUAUGAAGCAGAAAACGUACCACUCAGUAAGAACUCUUGGAUACAGUUCCUUCCAUCUGAACGAGAAGUCUAUGGAUUGCCCUUAGAAGCGCACGUGUCUCGCUGGAACUUCAUAGUAGAAGCGCAGGAUAGCGAAGGACUCGUCGCUCGAGGGCCCCUCGACAUCACAGUGCAGCAACACAAGAGCGGACGCACCAUCAACCACCAGUUCAUCAUGCAGUUCAAACUGCUCAAGCAGUACGACAGCGCCGUUGACUGGCAAAUACGGGCUUUAGAAGGCAUCGUCAACCUCUUCCGAGAUACGGACAUGGACCAUUUGAUCGUGCUAAACGCCACGCAAAAUGGUGAUAUGGGCGAGUUCGUUUGGACCAAUGAUACGUUGCCGAAGGAUUCCGAGUGCCCUAUUGAUGAUAUCAACAGGCUUAUGAAGAUCAUGGAAUCAGAUACAGAACGAGGCAGUCCAUCUGCUGGUUUAGCUCGCGCGAUGUGGCCCGAACUCAAAAUAACUGAAGUGAAAUGGCACGGAACCGAGCAAUGCUUGGGCCUGCCUAUCGUCCCGACAACGGCGCCCGACACCUACCCGCCCGUCUCGCGCAACCAAGUCGACCACGUCACCGCUACGGUCGGACACCUGCUGGUCUAUAAAGUACCUAAGGAUACGUUCUACGAUCCAGAAGACGGUAACACCCGCCACUUGCGGCUCUCGCUCCGCUUCAGUGAUCGUUCAGAGAUCCCUCCCGACAACUGGUUGCAGUUUGACGCUCGCAACCAAGAGUUCUACGGCGUGCCCUCGCCGAGUGACCAGGGAAGCGUGGAAUAUCAGCUGAUCGCUGAAGAUUCCACCAAAAAGAGCGCCUACGACAGCCUCAUAGUGGAAGUUGCUAAGGCGCCCACCAUCCGUCCCACUGUGGAGUUCCAGAUGACAAUGGACCCGUCGCCCAACCUCGCUGACAGCGCUGCCAAUAAACGAAAGGUUGUCGAGAAACUCGCCGCCCUGUUCGGCCAGGAGGAAACCGACAAUAUCAGGAUAGAGAGCAUAUCUGACAACCCUACGACGAUCAUUUGGUACAACACAAGUCUACCAAUGGACAGGUGUCCCAAACGUGAAAUCGAGGAGCUCCGAAGAAUGAUAAUCGUCGACGAAAGAGGCUCUGUCGGAGGCAAUCUCAAGGAACACGUCGACCAAGUUUUCGACAAAGACCUGAAAGUUAUGUCGAUCCGUCUAAUCCCUCUUGGGUUAUGUGCAGAACAGAACACUAAAAUUCCUAAGUCAAUGGUGCCACCUCCACCGGGUCCAAACCUACAGAAUAGGGCAACGAACGCCAGUCCGGAGUAUUCGGAUUAUUUGGUGACGUUCGUGAUCCCGGCCAUUGUGAUCGUUUGUAUGAUCGUAGUAGCGGGCAUCAUUGCGUGCGUGCUGUAUAGAAGACGGCGCACUGGUAAAAUGAGCGUUGGAGACGAAGAGGAACGUCAAGCGUUCCGGUCGAAAGGAAUCCCCGUCAUUUUCCAAGACGAGUUGGAGGAAAGAGCGGACGCCGAGCCGGCGGACAAGAGCCCCGUCAUCAUGCGGGAAGAGAAGCCGCCCCUGCUGCCUCCCGCCCCCGACUACCGACAGGGGGACGACGCGCCCUACCGCCCCCCACCGCCCUUCGCCGCCUCCCGCACCCCGCCGCGCCCCAAAGCCACGCCCACAUACAGAAAACCCCCUCCGUACGUCCCGCCAUAAAACUGCCUAAGCUUCUUUUUUAGUAUAGAAAACCCGUUUACGCGUUAUGCUCGACGCACACCUGCGUAGUGGAGUGGCGCAGCGUUUUGUUUUAACAGACUAAAAGGAGAUUCUGUAUUCGACCCGCGCCUACGUAUGUUCGCGAUCAUCUCGGAAACUAAUAAAAAUUUUAAAGGUGUAUUUUCAGUAACAUAUAAUCCACAUACUUUCAGGAAAGUUUCAGUAAAUAAUACCUAUACUUAGUUGUUCUCAUAUACGAAAUUAUAAGCAUAAAUGUGCAUUUGUAUUACUACCGAUUACUCCCAAGUUGUUAGACCUAUUUACGUGAUUUGAGAAGAUUCAAAAAGCAUCGCCGCUUCAUGCCAAAGUUAAUAUACUGCGUUUUAACUAACGACUUAUAAUAUGUACUUCGUAUAUGUCAGUGUCGUUUUGUUCGAAACAGCCGUUCUAUACAUUUAAUUCAACGGCUCUAAUACUAAAAUAGGAAUGAAAAAUAAUUGGAGUGACUUUUCGAUGACGUCUAAGUAGCUGAAAAUAUGAUUCAAUAUAUUUUUGGUAGCUUUUGUAGUACUCAAUUAAGUUAGAAAAAAAUCGGUACGUAUGCAAAGCAUUUUCUUUGCAAACGUAAUUUUCAAGUGACAGGAUGACAGUAGAUGUCAUUGACUUUCCAUUUUAUUUCAAACACAUUACAAAGCUUAGUUUGAGUUUUUAUAAAAAGACGCUACGUAUCGACUCCACUCCGCUCUGCAGGUGUGCGCGUUAAGAUAGACGUAGCUGAAAGCUUAAACGACUAUUUUUACCCGACUGCGGUGCGCCCAAGAGGGUUGUGUGUUUGACCUGUCCGUAUAUAUUAUGUCCGUUCCUAUGUCUGCUCGUCACACAACGGCUCAACCCAAAGAUUUACAUACAAAUCUUUUAGCAGAACAUGUUAUAAAACUUUUGUUGUAUUAUCUACAUUGUUGUUACUAUAUACCAUAUUGCCCCUAGAUCAAAACUGUUUCAACUCAAAAACUUUGCCUUUUGAUUAACCUUUGUAUCUGAUUCCUGACUCGAUUAUCUGCACGUGAAAACUGAAGUAACUAAGCUUUUAUAAUAUUUAAGGCAGAAUAAUUUCUUCUUAAUCUUUUCUUAUAAUUUUGAUAUAUCCUGUAGAUUAAAAAAAUCAGUUUUAUUAUUUUCUGAAAAAAUAUUUUUGAGUUGAAACAAUUUUGAUCUGGGGGGGCGUGAACAUAUAUCACCCCCUAAAAUUAUACUAGACUAAAAUUAUAAUACCAUAUUUUGUAACAUGUUACAUAGUUUUAUAACAUCUAGUCUGGGCAUUGAACGCAUCGUUACUGACAAUAAAUCGACGCAACUCAUUUUGUACUGUUCAGAAAAGUAUCCUAUCUUUAGCAAGCAGUAAAUGCUUUCUGGUUCUUACUGAUCUCUUUAAAAAAAUCACAUUAUAGUCUAGCAGAUGCUGCCUAUACAGAUACUAGGUCAAGAAAUUUAUUUCUAGCCAGUAAGAACCUAGAAUCACCACAAUCUUCACAAAGCUUUCGGUUACGUCUAGCUACCAAAAACUGCCAAAACGGGCAAACAAAUUAUAUCUUAAAUUUGUCUAUAAGGAAACUAGUCGACUCAUUCGUUUUCAGCUAUUCGAUUUAUUCAUUAAUUCGAUUAUUUUGAUCAGUUAAGUUAUUUUUACGAGCAUUUAAGGGAAGGAGUUUAAUAAAAAAAAUGCAUUUAUUACAUACGAAAAAAUUGUAAAAUUAAGGUAACGUAAACGAACCUCAUAUCGACUAAAAAGGAAUUGUGCACAAUUAAAAGUGACUACGAAUUUCUUGUAGUAUAAGUUUUGAAGCGUAGAAAGUACUUUGUGUACGGUUAUGGUCUUGAUAUAAGAGAUUAAUCGAAUCGAGUACUUCAGUAUAUUACUAGGAUGUUAUUGUUGGGAUAGGUAAUGUUACAUUAGCUCUUUAGACAUCAUUUUACAAGUAUUACAAUUGGUAUCUGAACUGAAACAGUGGUUAAUAUAAAUCGGGAGAAAGUACCUAAAACAAUUUUCCAUAUAAAAGUAAAAUUUGCUGAAAGUGCGCUAAAACAAUAUUACUAAAUGUUAUGAAUAAAUUGUAUUCGACUGCCAUUCAAACUGAUAAGUAUGUUUAUGGAUUAACGAAACGUAUUAUAGUCGAUUAAAAUAAGAGUGUUUUAGUUCGUAAACAAUGUAUUUUAUGUUUAACACAAUUAUCUAAAAAACAAGUUAUCUUGUAUAGUUAGUUUUUUUUUAAAUAUAAGGUGUUAAAAUUACUAAUUAUGUGUGUCUCAGAUCACUGAUUACUGACGAUCGAAUUUAGGUUAUCUGUCUUGAAAGAGUAUGAUUUGUGACAUUUUAAAUUCAUUUUAACAUUUAUGUCAAAAAGCAGUCACUUAAAUAGCGUUUGGGACGUUUUUAAGUUUCUUAAGUUUAGAGCCUCGAUAGCUCAUUGGUUGAGGAGCGGACUGAAUUCCGAAAGGUCGGCGGUUCAAACCCCACCCAUUGUACUAUUGUCGUACCCACUCCUGGCACAAGCUUUACACUUAAUUGGAGGGGAAAGGGGAAUGUUAGUCAUGAUUAAAAUGGCUAAUAUUCUUUUAAAAAAACUAACUAAACUAAAAAAAAAAUACGUUGUAUUUGGGCACAAGAUACUCUUAUUUCAAUCGAUUUUACCUAAUUAUGCAACAAUAACAAUGCUACAUAAGUAAGGCUAGACCAAAUAAACAGUUCUUUAAAGUGUUGGCUAAAUUCGUGCCAUUUUUCGAAACAUUGUUAUGUAAUAAAGUAAUUUAAAAGAACAUAUCGAAAAUGUAACAUUAGCCUCUAGCGUAGUUCUUCCAUACACAAAAUGUUAUAAGCUAUGUAUGUGUGUGUAUGUAACAGUAGAAACACAUGAUGUAGAGAGAUUGUGAACAAAGACUUGAGCACACGUUUUUAUCUCUGUUGAUGAGACGACGUUUUGCCUUUCACUUUAAGGCUUUAUAAGCUCCGUUUUGGAGUUUUGUGUUAUGUGUAACGCUUUUAGCACACUGACGUAUUUAGACGCGGUCGCAAAACGAUUAAUGCCUUUAUGCCUAUGGCUUAAAGGCCUACCGCGUGCGAUGACGUUGGUAUGUUAAAGGUGUAAGAGUAUUUCUUAUGCAAAGGCAAAUGGCCACAGUUGCUACUGUAUCUAUACAGUUAUUACAGGUCUUCAGAAGCAUAGAAUCAGCCUAAAAGUUUAUAAAAAAUAAAAAUAAAAUACAAAAGCCUUUUAUUAUCUAAUUCGUUUUCCUAAAGGUUUAAGUACCUAACAAUUCAACAAAAUAAUCGAAAAUUACGAUUAAUUAGGAUUUAUUGAAUGAUUCAGUAGAUACCUAUAAAAAUGUAUAUGUGGUAGCAACUGUGAAGGUUUGCCGUAAGGCUCCAGGCAUAUUGCAGGGCAGUUGAAGCGGCGCGACGCGUCUUUUCUUACAAAGUAAACCAAACUAUUUCCACUAUGUUCCUAUAUGCAAAUUUGUGUGAAGCUAAAUGUUCAUCAAAAAUGAAGCGACAUGCUUCGAAUGAUUUCGAUUUUUUUUUAAUUUGUUGGUCACUAAAUGUUUAUUAGGUAGCGGAGAUUAUGUUUAGCACCCAGCGUAAUAUUAGAAAAGACGCGUCGCGCCGCUUCGCUUCACCCACAAUGUGCCUUGUUCCUGAGCCGACUCUUUUAACCAGUAAAUAAAUAAAAAACGCUUGCACGCUACACACAUUUUGUAAAUCGUGGGUUGUUAAGGAUUAUUCAAUUAGCUGGCGUGUACAUUGUAAUGAUAAUAUAACAUUGUGUUAUACAACUGACUUUAGUUUUAGGCUACGAAUAGAUAUUUUUUAAGAAUAAAGUAUCAUUUUGUACUUGUCUAAUUAUUACCAUAGCAGUAAGAAUAAUCAAUUUAUGUAAACGAUAGGGACUUUUAAACGAAAUGAGCUAUAAAAUAACAUUUUCUUUGGAUGUAUUUUUUUCUAUUGUAUACUUACUCAUUUAGAAUUUUUGCAUUUAUAGAUCUUUUUAGCCUUAUACAAUUUUAUAGGACAGCUGAAUGUUUCUUUAAUUUUAUUAUUACAUCUUUAUUUCUUGGUAGUUGUACUUAAUAGUGGUACUAAUUUGGUUGUACACAAAUCUCAAAGGCCAUGUCGCGCCACAAUAUAGUGGACUUGCUCACACGCGCGUGUUCGCGUCAAUAGUGUGAGAGAAACCUCUAUAGUGCAUUUCAUAAGUCACGCCUUUGUAACAUACCACGGCCUAAGUUGUGAGAUGUAAAAUAAUGCGAUCCUUUUUACAACGCAGAUAAGGAUAACACUAUAUUUUUAGAUUUUUCAAUCCAAAGAUUUGUGUACAACCGAAUAUGCACCAGCGUCCACAAAAACCGAACCAUGUUAAUAUAAUUUCAUAGUAUUGUGUUUAUGACAGCUAUUUUAUGUUCAAUCAACACGCACAUAAUAAUUUAUGUAAUUAUUGAGUUUUAUUCUAAUUUAAUAAAAUGGUCUAGUGAU